GUAAGGCCUGGCAGACCUCUCCUGCCGCAGACUAUGAGCUGUCUUCAGGGGGAAAUGGCUCUGACGAUAAGCAAAGCUGGAGGUGAAACGUACGGAGAAGAAGGACCUCAAAACCCCUUUGGCUGUCCCCAGAUGAGGAUUGUCCUGCUGGGUAAAACAGGAGUGGGGAAAAGUGCAGUUGGAAACACCAUCCUGGGCAGGAAACAGUUUGAAUCUGCUCUCAGAAGUGCUUCAGUCACCAGCCAAUGUCGAAAGGAAGAUGCCAUAGUAUGUGAUAGACCCAUUUCCGUUAUCGACACCCCAGGUCUGUUUGACACUGAGCAGCCCAACAAUGAAAUACUGAAAGAGAUAGUGAAAUGUAUCCAGGUCUCCUGUCCAGGGCCGCAUGCUUUUCUCUUGGUGAUGCAGCUGAACAGAUUCACAAAUGAGGAGAAGAUGUGUGUCGAAGCUCUGCAGGAGAUCUUUGGUGAAGAAGCGAAUAAAUUUAUGAUCAUCCUGUUCACUCGUGGAGAUGACCUCCAAAAGCAGACCAUUCGUGACUUUAUCAGGCAUGCUCACCCAGACCUGAAGGAGGUGAUCAGGAAGUGUGGAAGCAGAUACUGUGUCUUUAACAACAAGAAACUAUCCAACAGGGAUCAAGUGAAAGAACUGCUGGACAUGAUUGACAAGAUGAUGGCCGUGAAUGGAGACAGCUUUUACACCCAGGAGAUGUACAAGGAGGCAGAGGCAAAGAUCAGGGAGAAGGAGGAGGAGAUCAAGAAAGCAGCCAUAGAGAAGAAAAGACUCCACCGAGAAAAACUACAGAAAGAACGAUUAGAAAGAGCAGAAGAUCUUGCAGAAAAGCUGAGAGAAGCACUGGACAUGGAGAUUGAAAAACGGUUGGGUGUUAUCAGGAUGGAAUACGAGCAGAAGCUGAGGGAAGCGCGAAGAGAGGCAGAGGAGUCUGAUUUCCAGAUGAGUUUCACAGAGAACCUGAAGAUGAAGGUUUUCAAGGCUUUCAGGAUUGUAAAAAAAUAAAGUUACUGAUGCCUUGUAGGAUGGCGAGAUGAACAUCGCUUCAGGUCCCAAAUCUCUCCUCAGGGGCACCUCCACCAAUCCAUGCAUUUUUUAAAUUUCACCAUCAGCUCACUUAAUUCUUCAAUUAAAUUAGUUAAAAGUCAAUGAGGUUAUCAUUAGCCAUAAGGGGGUGAGUUAGUAAUGAAGUCAAAAAAUAUGUAUUUGUCUUGCAUGGUUGCCGCAAAUACUGUGGUGACUUCAUGAGAGGUUUCAUUUUCAUUUAUAGUUAUUUUAUAAUAUGCAAUUUAAAUUCAUAUAUAAAGCAUUUGCAGGAUUACCAGGAUUUCAUGUUUCCAUGCUAUACUGUUAUACUGUAUGUUAAUCAGUGCUUUUGUGUAUUUAUAUGCUUAUUGCUGUAUUUUCUACUCUUACUUUUAAUAUAUUUUUGUAAGUGGGUUUUAAGGUUGAUGUACUUACAAUAAAAUAUGCUUUUCCUUGACACACA